AUGGCUGAUUCAGCGUCCUCAACUGCAGCAACAGAUACCUCAUUGAUGAAUUCGGCAUCGGACAAGGUGCCCUUCUUCAAGAAACGAUCGACCAAAAAGAAUCUUCGCAAACGAAAAGCUGACUCUUCACCCACUCGAUUACAAAGCGAUGACGAUGACGACGACGAGGAGGAGCUCACAUCGCAGGUCGUUACCAAGAAUCGAAAGCACACAGCAACUCCAUUUGUGCAGAGCACACGACGUGGCAAAAAGAGGCGAGAACAUGGUACCAAUGACGACGAUGAAGAGGACCAAGACGACUUUGCAGAGAAGAUUGGCGUACAGUAUGCUGCUGAUCGGUCUGCAAGGAUGCAGAAGAGUGAUGCCACACGCUAUUCAACCGAAUGGGAGCUCGAGAAUGAAGAACUGGCGAAGCGAAAGCAAGCUGGUCCACAAGCCAAGAAGACAGCCAACUCAAAGAUGCAAGUGGGUCCUCAACGUGCACCUGCAAACAUUCGAGUGACGGCACGCUUCGAUUACCAACCUGAUGUAUGCAAGGAUUAUAAAGAAACUGGAUUCUGUGGUUAUGGUGAUUCAUGUAUCUUUUUGCACGAUCGUGGCGAUUACAAGACUGGAUGGCAGCUGGAAAAGGAAUGGGAGGAAGCAAUGAAAAACAAGACACGUUUUGGAAGCACGGAUCCCAACAAGUAUGCCGUGAGCGAUGAUGAUGAUUCGGACGAGGAGUUACCAUUUGCAUGUUUGAUUUGCCGUGAAGAGUUCAAGAACCCAGUCGUAACCAAGUGCAACCAUUACUUUUGCGAACAAUGCGCCAUCAACAAUCACAAGAAAUCACCCAAAUGUUAUGCAUGUGGUGCAUCCACAGGUGGUGUAUUCGACACGGCCAAGAAGAUGCUUGAGAAGCUCAAACAGAAAAAGGAAAGGAUUGCUGAAAACAGCAGCGAUGUCGAGGAACAACCAGAGGAUGAUGGCAAUGAUUUCACUAUUGAGGGUCUUGAAGAGCGUCCGGUUAGCAGUGAUAACAAUGAUAGUGAUGAGGAUAGUUCAUAG